AUGAACUUGCAUCCUCCACCACAGUUGCUACCAGUUCCUGGUAAGCCGUCAAUACCAUGGGAGGAAUGGUACUUACUCUUCGAAACUUACCUUACGGCUUGCGGCGGUGACUCUUUCCCCAGUGAACGCAAAGUUUCUAUCCUGCUAAACUGUCUUGGCGCGGAAGGCCAAAAGCAGUAUCGUCACUUGCCGGAUAUUUCUAUUCAGAGGAGCACGGGAUCGGCUACAACUUCGCCUCAGCCUGAUGCCGCGUCUGCUGGAGAUACUGCUCCUCCUCAGGAUCCUUACGUCGUUGCGGUCAUAAAGCUAAGGACUCGUUUCACGACGAGCGUCAACAGAACUGCCGAACGCUACAAAUUUCGUUCGCGGGCUCAGUUUCCUGAAGAAACUGUGGACGAAUAUGUCUCUGCUCUCACGGAACUCGCUUCCACCAGUAGCUUUGGGCGCCUCACCGAAGAAAUGAUCUGCGAUCAAUUUGUUGAGAAAACUGAUCGAAGGGAGAUACGGGAUCGUCUCCUUUUGGAGCCUUCCCUGACCUUGGACUCUGCCUUGGUAAUUGGAAGGCAAGUGGAACAGGCCAUACGAGAAUCGGCUUUGCUGUCGAGUCCAGUUCAUUCUACGCAAGUAGCAGCAAUACGAAAGAAUGAUUCCACUCCAGUGAAGACCAAGUGCUUCAGAUGUGGAGCGGCGAAACACAAGGCAAACAAUCCCUCUUGCCCUGCCAAGGACAAAAUAUGCCGCAAGUGCCGCAAGAAGGGCCACUUCGAAUCCGUCUGCCGCUCAAGUACGAAGCAACGGAAGAUGGUGCGCGAGCUCGACACCUCAGUAUUUGCCGUCACAUCUGCAACACCUUCAGCAAUCUUCUGUCAAGUUGAGGUCGACCAUAUUCUGCUGAGGAUGUUAGUCGACACAGGAUCGUCAGUCUCCUUGCUGCCCAUUACUUUAUACAAGCAGUAUUUCAAGCACCUGCCGCUCGAACAUUCUGCAGUUAAGCUCAAGUCCUAUUCGCAUGAAGUUAUUCCUGUCCACGGAACGUUCACAGCUUUGGUGAGCUUCGCCAAACGUUCGAAAGCCUGCACUUUCUACGUCGUAAAGUCUGGAACUCCAAUCUUGGGUAUUGACGCCCUUCGUGCGCUGGAUAUCAAGUUGGAUGUCGCACAGCUGAGAUGCUCUCGCGUACAAGCUGAGUCAGACGACAGCAUGGAAUGUACUGUCCCAGAUCAGUUUCCACGUCUAUUUGCCGACGGGUUAGGACUUGCAAGAGGGUUCUCUAAUAAAGUUACUGUCAAGACUUCAGUCAUUCCUGUGCAGCAGAAACUGCGACGGCUGCCAUUAGAAGUCCGACAGAAGGUAUCCGAGGAACUGCAAAAGUUAGAGCAAGCGGACAUCAUCGAGCGGGUUGACGCGUCCGAAUGGGUGUCUCCCAUCGUCGUCGUCUGGAAAAGGACCGGAGAACUGCGCUUAUGCGUCGAUCUACGGAAACCAAACGAAGCAAUCAUUGUGGACAGCCAUCCACUUCCGCACGUAGACGAUCUGUUUCACAAGUUAGCUGGUGCUCAUUUCUACUCGAAAUUGGACCUUUCGUCUGCGUAUCAUCAACUGCAGUUGGCCGAAGAAAGCAGGAACCUUACCGCUUUCAUCACUCACGAGGGUCUUUUCCGCUACAAGAGGGUUUGCUUUGGCCUGGCCUCGGCGGCAGCAGCUUUCCAGAAAAUGUUAUCUACUGUCUUAAAGGGUUGUGAAGGAACAAUUCACUACCUGGACGACAUUCUUGUCUUUGGGAAAAACCGCAGGGAUCAUGACAACAAUCCCCGCAUGGUUCUCCAGCGGCUAGACAGCGCACUGUUACGUCUCAACAAGAAGAAAUGCAUAUUUGGCGUUCAGGAAGUACAGUUCUUGGGCCACAGGAUAGUUAACGGCACGUUGAAGCCAUCGCAGGAUAGGUUGGAAGCCAUUAUUGAGGCACCAAGUCCGCAGAACGUAUCUGCACUUCGUUCGUUUCUGGGCCUUGCAAGUUAUUACUUGAAGUUUAUUCCGCAUUUUUCUUCUGUGACAGAGCCGCUACGACGACUCCUUCGGAACGGUGUCCCGUUCACUUGGACUUCUGAGCAGCAAGAUGCUUUCAAAAGUAUCAAGUUACUUAUGAGGGACUGCAUCCCGUUAGCGCUUUUUGAUUCGUCCUUGCCCACGGUCGUUACGACUGACGCCUCCAAUUGCGGGCUUGGCGCCGUUCUUCAACAGCAACAUCCUGAAGGGCUCAGAACAGUAUGCUUCGCAUCAAGAUCCUUGUCUUCUACGGAAGAGGCCUACUCUACAGGCGAAAAAGAAGCUCUCGCAUGCCUCUGGGCCUGCGGGAAAUGGCACAUCUACUUAUUUGGAAGGCAGUUCCUUCUGCGGACCGACCAUCAAGCGCUUGUUACAUUGCUGUCGACUCAGGGCUACGGACGUCAACCAAUGAGGAUUGCCAGAUGGGCUGCACGGUUGUUGCAAUACAAUUACGAAAUUCAGUACAAGAAGGGGCAGGACAACACGGUGGCCGACGCACUAUCGCGCAUGCCACUGAGCAACACCGAGAAAGCACCGUGCGCCUCACCCGACGAAUCAGAGUUGGUUUGUUACGUUCAGCAACUCCAACUGUCUCCACUGACACUAUCUGAGCUACAGGAUAGCACGGUUAACGACCCCGUAAUGACUAACCUCCUGAAACUCUGCACUACUUCUUGGCCGUCGGCGGCAAGGGAGGACAAAGACCUUGCACCUUACUAUUGCGUCCGGGAAGAGCUUUCUACUAUCCAGGGUAUCGUCACCAGAGGAGAAAAAGUAGUACCUCCUACAGCACUCCGGAAGCGAAUCAUCAUUCUGGGUCAUGAAUCACACCCAGGAAUAGUACGUACGAAGCAACGGAUUCGCAUGCGUUACUGGUGGCCAAAGAUGGACUUGGAGAUAGAAGAAUACGUUCGAGCUUGCCAUAUUUGCAGCACGGCGGAUAAAACAGCCGUUACAAGACAUGCGCCGCUGCAACCCGUACCGUUUCCUUCCGGACCCUGGAAACAAGUUGGAAUCGACCUGGUUGGACCCUUCAGCAACUUACCGUCAGGAUGCCGUUUCGCCAUCACUGCCGUAGACUAUUACAGCAAAUGGCCUGAGGUCAAAAUGACGCCAAAAGUCACGACGGAUACAGUAAUCGCAUUUCUCCGCACACUUUUCGCAAGGGAAGGGUACCCAGACAUCAUCGUCUCUGAUCACGGCAGUCAAUUCCAAUCACAUGCAUUUAAGUCUUUUCUACAAGACAGAGGCAUCCAGCAUCGCCAGUCUUCGGUUUACUUCAGUCCAAUGGACAAAUAG